AUGUUUUCUAUUCAUAAAAACUCUUACCUUCACAAUUACUACAAGGAUAUCAAUCCAAGACUCAUCAACAGAUGCGUUGAAAGAGCAUGGCAGGCCAACAGCAUAGAUGAGCACGAUUUGGAUCCUCCUUUCAACAGGCUCACCUCAGAACAACCUCAUAUACCUGUAGAAAAUGUGGACAUCACGCGUAGACCUCUUGGCUUCGGAAGGAAGGCAAUGCCAAAAUUGCGUCGUGAACUUCAUCACAAAAAUGAAAGAGUCGUUAUAGCCGCCAUCGAAAGCAUCUGCGACCUUGUCCAUGAUUCCGAGAGGGGAUAUGAAGCUGUCAAUUUGAAAAUUGUUGAUAGGAUGGUGGAUUUGAUGGCCCACGAAAACGAGGCGAUCCGAGAGAAGACCUCUAGAACUCUGACGGUACUAGCCAGACAGGCUUGCGGAAGACUGGCCAUAUCGACCAACAGACAGUUACUGGAGAAUGUGGCUGCCUGUGCGGAGGAUUUUUAUCCAGAAGUGAGAGUGCAAGUGGCUGCCUUGUUGGAGAUGCUAGCCCAAUUCUGGAAAGCGGCGGAUGACCUGGUAGAAUUCGGUUUCGUGCAGAUCCUCCUCAGCAAUCUUUUGAAAGAAGAACCCGAAAUCAUCGUCAUCCAUCUGCAGACUUUGAGAUCUCUCAUGCACGCCCUGGCUGGAAAAAUGAUCGCCAUUGAAUCCGACGGUUACAAUAUCUUCAUGAAGCUGUUGGACCAUAAACGAUCGGAAAUCAUUUCCGAGGCUCUGGCUUGUCUGUCGUUGCUCGCUUCGACUUGUGUCGGUGAAAAGUUGGCCAGGCAGAUGAAUUUGCUGGAUACUUUGAACGUGCAUCUCCACGAUGAGCGUCCUGAAAUUUUCACGAAUGCUGCUUCGGUCAUCAUGUUUUGCACUGUGAAAGCUAGUGGAAAAAUAGCAGCUAGUAAAAUAAAUACGAUGACGAAACGCCUGAUACAGCUUUCCAGAAACAAACUGAAUCCGAGCACACAGAUUUUCGCAAUCAAAGCUCUGACCAACAUUUGUGAACACCCUGAAGUGAGAAAAGAGGUACAGAAAAAAUAUAUCGAAUAUGUCGAAAAUAUACAAGUUGGUGGAGAUCCCUGUAUACAAAAUUACAAAGCACAAUUGCUCACUGUUCUUGGAUGGGUUGCAUCGAGCUACACAUGA